CUGUAGCCGCUGCCCCUUCCUGUUAGCUUCCACUGCUUUCAUGUCAGACCACAUUUAGCUUCCCUUCUCUUUGUCACAUUCAUUCACUUUACAGUGCUUUUUAAAAACUCUAACCAAACAUGGCAGAGGCCAUUCAGAAGAAACUAAAAGCGGAGGUAGAAAAAUAUGCGCAGAUGCAGAAAGAUGUUAGCAAGAGCAUGUCAGCCAGACAGAAGCUGGAGACGCAGCUAGCAGAAAACAACAUCGUUAAAGAGGAGCUCGAUCUGCUGAACAGCUCAAACGUCGUUUACAAACUGAUCGGUCCUGUAUUAGUAAAACAAGACGUGGAUGAAGCCAAAGCCACAGUGGCAAAAAGGCUGGAGUAUAUCAACGGAGAGAUUCAAAGGUACGAGUCGGUCCUGAAAGAAAUGGAGAAGAAAUCUGAACAGCAUCGAGAAGUGUUGACUAGUUUACAGCAGGAAUUUCAGAAAGCUCAGGGCCUCGCUGCUGGCAAAGUCUGAUAUACCAGGAUUCUUCUGCACGCAUGCUCACACACACACAGUAGAAGGGAUUAUAGUGGUAUAAUGUAAACCUGCUGCAUUAGGCUGAGGAAAUUCUGCUCCUAUCUUGUCAUUCAUUUGCAGUGUUAUUACUGUGACUUUGCUCUUGUUACUAAUAAACAUGUUUUUCAUGAAA